AUAGUGAAGAGUUAAAAAAAAAAAAUUUAAAUAGGCUACUAUACUGUUAAGUGCUUAAACAAUAUAAAUGCUGUGCACCUGGAGAAUAAAUAACCAAUAUACAGCUAUGGACAUUUUAACAGCAAUGGAUAUUUGAAAAUAGCAGCAACAUCAGAGAUGUGCAAAAUGACAGCAACAUGUUAUUUAACUGAAACUGUGCUAAAGGAAGCGUGAUACGAGUAGUUAUAUAGUUUAUAUAGUUAACAGAAACCUCAUAGCUAUGUAGUUUAUGUAGUUUUAAAGCUGCCUAGUUCAAAUGCUUUGGUACUCUGCCCACCUUUCGUUAAAUGAAAUCUCAUCCCUGUAGUUUCUGUCACACAGUGUGACUUUGUUGCUGAUCAGUUUUCCUGUCUUUGUUUCUCCAGAUUAACAUUGUUCAACAGUGCAAAUGGCUGUAAGUUAAACUUUAUUGCUAUGAUGCAUGUUCAGGCACAUGUUGGCUUCAGGGAGUUCAAGGAUGAGACCCUGGAGAGCCUCUACAGCUCCAAGGACCCUGAGAAAAUCCAGUAUGAGAGAAUGAUAGAAACUGUGUGUGUUUUGCCUCUGCUGGGAUGUCAGAAUCUGCUGACUCUUUGUCUCACCCGCUCAGCUCUCUCAACUAUCUGCGCCGGACGCCAGCCUUUCCAGUUUGCCAGAAGGAGAAGGCUAUGGAACAUGUCCGGCGCGGAGACAAGGAGAAGGUCUCCACCUCCACCACGGCAGCCUUCGACUUGACCAUCAUGUCCGCCGAGGGACUAGCAUUGGCAGGGAAGCUGUCAGCGAGGACUGCUCUUUGCAGGCCUCUGUCUGAGGUGGAGACGCAGGCUGCGCUAAAGUGGGUCUCCUCCUCACCUAAGCCUGUAUUUACAAGUGGGAUGAAAUUCUAAAGAGAUGCAGCGUGACUCUCUUCUGUGAUUUUAUGUUUACGAUUUCAUCUCCAGCCUGCAACAGAACCUCUAGACCAGCUCCUUCCACAAAGACACCUUUGGAGCCCAGUGAUGAGGAGCUGGUCCAGGCUGCUGGCGACAUGGAGGAAUAUGAACAGGCGGGUCCUUCCACCGCCUCUCUGCCUCAGAGGGUGUCCCCUGCUGGACCGGGGGAACCCACUGAUGAGGAGCUGCUGGAGGCCACGCAGGAGCAGGGAGAACCCCUGCAGCGGCUGGAUCCUCCAGAGCCACCCUCCAUGCAGGAGACCCCGUCCAGACGGGACCCUUCACCACCUCCUGCUGAGAUGCUGCCUCAGUCCUGGAGGGCAGCGCUUACAGCAGAGCAGCAGGAGUGGAUCAGUCAGAUGCUGUUCGUCAGGGACCACCUGGGGAGGCCUCGCCUCACCACAGACCUCAACCUGUGGUGGUUCCCUCCACAGCCCCAGCCGGUCUACCACCAGCCUCCUGCAUCCCCUGAGCCCUUCUUUGCAUGUCGGCUGUUCCUGUGGAUGCCCCACAGGAUCUGGCGUCUGCAGCUGACGUGCCCCCAGCCUUCGUGCACCGGGUCCAUGGCGAAGGCUGGGCUCUACAGGACCAUCCAGAUUGGCCUGGACAUUGAUGGCUGGUACCUCAUGGCCGAGUAACUGAAGUGCCGUCAAUGUAAGAGGAAGGUCGCCGGAUGGUCACAGGGCAUCAUCAGGCAGCUGCCCCCCACCUACAGCUGCCAGUUUCCUGCUGUGCUCACGUACGAGCUGUCCUGUGACCAGAGGUUGGUUGAACAGCUGAGGUAUUGCACGCUUGGAAACAGUGCGACCUGGCUGUACAACACCCUGCGGCAGCAGCACUCUGAUGCCUGGAUGCGGAGAUCGAUCCACUACUUCAGCGGGAGCGAGAAGUUCUGGUCGUUGUGCUGGCCAUUGUUGUCUGAAAAUUUUGAUUUCUCUUCUAUUAUAUGUUAAUUUAUUCUAUUUACUCACUAUAAAACUUUUCACUCAGUCUGUUCCUCUCUCAAGGCCACACCAUUCUCUGCAGGAUGGUGUUUGAAGACCAGA